AUGCUGCGUUGGGUGGGCCCGGUGGUCCAGCAGGUGGUGGGGGCCCUGGUGGUGGCCCCUUGUCNCUUGUCCGGUGGAGCUAUGGGCCCUCUGGGUGCUCGCUUCGCCUCCGAACGUCUAAAAUACGGUGGUCUCAUGAAUGUGAAUCAGUCGGCCGGUUCUGGUCCGCGUCAAGGGCCACAGAAACCUUUGGACGAAGUAACAUGUUUCAAAUGUGGAGAAAAAGGACACUAUGCAAACAGAUGCAAUAAAGGUUACCUGGCAUUCCUGAGCAAAGUUUCCCUCCAAAAACCUCACGAGACAGAACCGGCACGUGGUUAA